AUGGAGUCUUGGAUAGUUGCUCAAAAAAAGGUAUUUACAAAUUGGUGUAAUAUAUAUCUUGGAUUGAGACAACUCUCUAUAAAAGAGAUUGAUAAAGAGUUUAAAGAUGGAUUGUUGUUGGCUCAUCUUCUUGAGAUUCUCAGUGGCAAGAAUGUAUUGGUUAGCAAGUGUUCCAAGCUAAAGAAUCGUGUGCAUCUCAUCAAUAAUAUCAACUUUAGUUUGAAGUUUAUCAGUGAUGAGGGUAUCAAGUUGGUGGGUUGCGGCGCCGAAGAUAUCACCGAUGAGAAUCUCAAGUUGAUCAUGGGUCUCAUUUGGACACUGAUCAAAACCUAUCAGAUCCAGACGAUUCAACAGAACACCACCGCCAAUGCCAACCUCAACUCCAGUACCAACAGUGUGGGCUCACCCUACAAAUCUAAACAAACGGCAAACGAAGCAUUGUUAAAUUGGACACGUCAAGAACUUAAAGAUUAUUCAAAUAUCCAUAUCACUGAUUUUACAAACAGUUUUAAAGAUGGUAUCGUAUUUUGUUCGUUGGUUCAUAAAUUAAUACCAGAGGCAAUCGAUAUUUCAAGUCUUCAAGCUGAUCAAGCAAUGUCUAAUUUACAGUUGGCUUUCGACACUGCAAAGAAAGAGUUGAAUAUCCCCGCUAUUCUUGAGGCCAAGGAUAUUAUUGAAUCACCGGAUGAGCUGUGUAUUAUGACGUAUCUCUCGUUGUUCCCCAAAGUCUACCAGAAGUUCAAUGAUCCAAACAUCGCCAAUAAGAGAUUCUCUGUUUCUUGGUUGACACCUUCCGCACCUAUCAAUAUGAGUGGUAGCAAUAGUUCUGGUAAUCUACUCAGCAACGGUGGUGGAAGUAGCGGUAAUCUGAUGAAUCCAAUCUCUCAGAGCGAUAGCAGUAGUUCUAGCAGUUUAAUUCAAGAUUCAGUCAACUCAUCAUCGUUCACCAAUGAUACACUGAGUGAAUCGAGUGGAUCUGAGAGAUCGGAUUUAGAGGAUUCGAAAUCAGAUCAUAGCAGCAGUAGUGGCGGUCAUGAAAAAGAUGACAAAGUCGAUAAAGAGAACGCUGAAAAGCUCAACAAGUUGAGUGAAGAGCUCGAUAGUUUAAAGAAGAUUAUUGGUGAUCUGGAGAAACAACUGGUCGAUAAACAACAUAAUAUCGAAACAAUCGAAGAUCAAUCAAAGAAAACAACCAAUCAUUUACAGAUACUACUCAAUGGUUAUUCCGAUCAGAAUGAAUUGGUAGAGUUGAUUCAGCAUAUCGAAAGUGGCAGUCCCAACUACAGUUUGAUUAGUUCACUUAGCAAGCUGAUGUUGGAGCGAACCGACAAGAUCAAAUCGCUGCAAUCAGAGAUUGAAUCAAUCAAUCAAGAUCUGACAAAGAACAAGAGUAGCUACGACGAUGUUAGCAAGGAGUUGGACGAACUCCGACAGUUUAAGAAUCAAUGUCAGUGUACUACUUUGGUGGUUGUUUUGCAACAAAAGAUUAAGGAUCUGGAGAGUGAUUUCCAAUCGAAAGAGUCAGCACAUCACGAAGCGCUCGGUACUGUUGAGAAGGAUCUGGAACAGGCACAGCAAAAGAUUGAACAGUUGAAUGGCUGCAUCGAGGAAGAAAGAGAAAAGUCACUGGUGUCUUUGGAUCAAUUGCGUGAGUCACAUCGAAAUGCUAAUAAUGAUCUUCAACUCGAGAUUGAAAAGAAAACCAAUGAAAUCAGUGAGAAGGAUGAGAGAAUCAAAGUACUUCAAUCGGAUAUCGAAAGUGUAACAAAUAAUCUCAAUGAGCAAUCUUCAAAGUCGAUUAAACAGUUGGAGGAUUCGAAUCAAGCGUUGAUUGAAGAGAGAAAGGCAUUGCUGGCAGAGAAACAAAUGUUGGAGAGCGAGAAGGAAGAGAGAAGCAAAGUACAUCAAUCGGAUAUCGAAAGUGUAACAAAGAAUCUUAAUGAGCAGAUGGAUUCAAAUCAAGCGUUGAUUGAAGAGAAAAAAGCAUUGCUGGCAGAGAAACAAAUGUUGGAGAGCGAGAAGGAAGUACUUCAAUCGGAUAUUGAAAUUUUGAAAAAGGAUCGAGAUGAACAGAUUAGCCAAGCAAAGGAACAGUCUUCAAAGUCAAUUAAGGAGUUAGAAGAUUCAAACCAGGCAUUGAUUGAGGAGAAGAAGGCAUUGUUGGUAGAGAAGGAGGUUUUGGACAGCGAGAAAGAAGAGACAAUCAGAGUACUUCAAUCGAAUAUUGACAGUUUAACUAAGAAUCUAAACGAUCAGGUCAAUCAAUCAAAGGAGCAGAGUUCAUUAGAAGAUUCAAACCAAACACUGUUAGAGGAGAAUAGAGCGUUGCGUGCAGUGAAGCAAAUGAUGGACAAAGAUACAGAGGAGAAAGUCAGAGAACUGAAUGAUCAGAUUAAUCAAACAAAGGAACAGUCUUCAAAGUCUAUUAAGCAAUUGGAGGAUUCAAAUCAGGCAUUGGAAGAGCAGAAUAAAACAUUGUUGGCAAAGAAGCAAGAGUUGGAUCAUGAAAAGCAAGAGUUGGUUAAUGAGAAGAGUAAAUUGGACAACUCUGUCAAGCAGUUGUCGGAAGAGGUCGAUAGAUUGAAUAGAGAGAAGCUUUCAAUAGAGGAAAAGGCAAAUGAUUCACUCAACUCCCAAGUAGAGUCAACCACCAAGAAGUUGUCAGAGGAGAGAUUGAUAUUCAUUGAUCAGUUGGAGAGUCUAAAGGUGGAGAAAGAUCAAGUUAUCUCUAGUUAUCAAUUGCAGAUCAAUGAUCUCAACAAACAUGUAGAAUCAAAAGAGAAUGAUCUGAAGGAGUUGAAGGAGAGUUGGGACAACGAGAAGCAGUCGUUUUUGGAGGAAAUCAAUAGGUUGAAAGAAGAGGUAGAGUCACUUGACACAAUCUCUUCUGAAAAGUCGAGAGUAAUUGAAACGAUCAAUCAAGAGAAACAGCAAUUGGUAUCAGGGCAAAAUGAUAAUCAUCAGCAACAGGUAAACGAGAAGGAUGAUCAAAUUAUCAAGUUGUUGGAAGAUAUCAAGAGACUGGAAGAGUCGCUUCUCAGCAACAACAAAGCAAAGGAUUCUACAAUCGAGAAACUGACGAAGGAUAAUGAAGAGAAGAGCCAGGCGUUUGAAGAGAGAGAUGGCUAUUCGAAAUCGUUGGAAUCACAGUUGAUAGAGUCGAAUGAGAAGAUAAGAACACUUACAGAGAACACUGCUACUCUCGAGCAGAAAAGCAAAGAUUUGGAGAUGGUAAAGUCAGACUUGGAAAAGAUGAGGGAGGCCUCAGUGGAAUCGGAACAAAGUUUGGCAAACACCAAGAAGUUGUAUGUAGAACUUCAGGCUGGCUCCAAGACACAAUUGGAUCGAAAGAAUAACGUAAUUCAAGAGUAUGAGUUUAGGGAGAAGCAGAUGACAGAGAAGCAUCGCGCAAGAGAAUCAGAUCUGACACAACAACUCAAAGAGAGAAAUGAGUGCUUCGAUGAGAAGCUCAACGACUGCAAUACACUCUUGGAGAAGAGAAAUCAAUUGGAAGACACUGUUGACGAACAGGACAAGAUCAUCAAGGAUCUGAAAAAGGUUGUUUCUCACUUGGAGGAGCAGUUGGAGAAGUCGUUGGGUUCACUGAAACGAGAGAAUACCAAGUAUCAAGAGACAUUUGAAGAUGGAAUCAAGAACUUUGCCAAUAUAGCUGACAAGAUGACAUUGGUUACAAAGCGAUUCGAAGAGAGCGAGGAAAUGGUCAGUCAAACACACAGCGCCAGAGAGAAAGAGUUGGAGACUGCUCUUCGAAAUAUUGUUUCUUUGAAGCAAAUGUUGGAUGACGAACGUGCCAAGACCAGUAAACUUGAGGAAUCCUAUCAAUCUUUGCAAUCCAACUCAAUACCAAAGCAACAACAUGACAGUGAGAUGCAACAACAAAAGAAAUCAAUGUCAGAUAUUCAUUCAAACCAAAUCAACAAAUUGAAACAAGAAUAUCAAGAACAAAACAAAAAACAAUUGCAACAGCAACAACAACAACAACAACAACAAUCAUCAUCGUCUGAUACAACUGAUCCUUUGGAUGAAUCAAUUACCAAUGAAGUUAGAAAUCACCCAUAUUCUCAACUUCAAAAAGUAUAUAAAUUGGCAAACAAACAGUAUUUUGUCAAUUCCAACAUUGUCAAUAUAAUAUCAAAAGACAAGAAAUUAUAUGCAAAAUUUGAUGAAAAGAAAAUAGUUUUAUUACAGGAAUUAUUUAUAACUCCAACGUCCAAAGAAUCGAAACUUCCAUGGGGAUUGAUCAUAGGUGGAAUUGUUUUAGCCAUUGGUAUUUUACGCUACUUACCAAUAACUCGUACUGCUUUCUCAUAA